GCAGAUGUUCAAGAAAGUUAGCUUAUAUAGUUGAAGUAUAAUAGUCCUUGAAAUACGCUUUUCAGGUUAAUGUUGAAAUGGAUAAAUGAAUUGGACGAUAUCAAAGAACUUUUUACGUCCGUGUCUAUGUCAUCUUGUGAACUACAAAAUUUACUUUCCUGACUUUCUCAUCCACAUUACUUUAAAAGUUUAAGUCGUUUAAACGAUUCUCACCGGAAUUAUUGUUUUCAUAAAUAUGCACAACCAAGAAGUCAGAGGAGUGUAAAAGAACAUUUGUGAGUUCCUUUUUUUAGGAAAUUUUUUAUCUGAUUGCUAUGGAAAUGUCAAACUUUCACGCUUUGUUUAUAUGCCUCCUUUUUUGGAACGAUGCUUGGAAAAGUCAAGGGCAGAGUUUAGAGCUGUUGGUGUCUCUACAAGGUGUGCUGGGAAGAAAUGUCAACCUACCUUGUGACAUUACACCGCCAACAACUGAUGAUGACGUCACUUUAGUACUUUGGUACAGAGAUGAUUUUUCAACACCAUUUUACAGCCUAGACGCCAGGAGAGGCGGUUCGCCUGGAGAAGGAAGACAUUCUUCUAGUGACAAUUAUGCUACCAGAACGUACUUUUCUACUGUCUCUAAACCAGCCAUUCUGCAACUUGAGUCAGUUUCUUUAGCUGACAAAGGAAUUUAUACCUGUCGAGUUGAUUUCAAGAGAGCCAGAACCCGUUACUCAGAAGUUUCCCUCUCCAUUAUAAUUCCACCGAAGGAUCCAGUCAUAAUGAAUAGAAAUGGAGAAAUUCUGAAAAACAUGAUUGGCCCCUUCAAUGAAGGAGAUAAACUGGAACUGAUGUGUGAAAGUGAAGGUGGAUUUCCUAUACCAAAGCUUACUUGGUGGCGAGGACCUAUGCUACUAGACAACACCUAUGGAGUUACACCCCAUAACAUCAGCUUUAACCUAUUAGAAAUUUCUGAACUUAAACGUCAGGAUUUGUUUACAGAAUUUUCCUGUUUGGCUUCCAACAAUAACAUAUCUCUACCGGCGUUGGCCUCCGUAAUGGUUGAUAUGAAGCUAAGACCAAUAAUACUGGAGAUUGAAGGAGUUGAUCACCCCUUAUCAGCCAAUAAAGUAGCACAUUUAAAAUGCAGAACAGCUGGGUCUAGGCCUAACGUCACCAUUACGUGGUGGCUGGGUAGUAAACAAAUAAAGAUGAUAACAGUCAGAACAACUGACAGCACCAGCAUGACUAUCAGUACAUUGUCCUUCAAACCAUCGAAAGAAGACACUGGAAAGUACCUUUCCUGUCGAGCAGAAAACCCAUCGAUACCAGAUGGCGCUUUGGAACGUGGAUGGACGCUCAAUGUUCAUCAUAAGCCUAAACUGACACUUCGACUUGGAAGUAAACUUCGACACUUCCACAUACAAGAAGGAAAUGAUGUUUAUUUAGAAUGUAACAUUGUCGCCAACCCUUGGGUUACAGAGAUUCGCUGGAAGUUCGAAGGUUGGGAUUUACACACUAAUACCUCUGCUGGGAUCAUUAUCAGUAAUCAAUCGCUAGUACUUCAAAAGGUGAAGCGGGCUAACAGAGGGCACUAUUUAUGUGUCGCCUCUAAUAGCGAGGGCCUGGGAGAAAGUAAUUCACUCCAUCUGAAGGUUCAGUUCAGUCCGAUUUGUAAGUCAAACCAAAAGAUGACUUACGGGGCUGCUCGGCACGAACCAGUACAACUUUUUUGUGAUGUUGAGGCAGAUCCGGGUAACGUUACCUUCCACUGGAGGUUCAAUAGUUCCAAGGACGCUGAAAACGUUCUGACAUUUACUAGUGAUAAGACUAGGAGCACAGCAACAGUCAUUCCGCGCACGGAUAACGAUUACGGGUCUUUACUGUGUUGGGCCAGCAACAAAGUUGGUGUUCAACAAAAGCCAUGCGUUUUCAAAGUGGUUCCAGAAGGUCCUCCAAAUACGGUAAACAACUGUUCUCUGCGAAACCAAACAGUGCAUAGUGUUAAAGUAGAAUGCGUAGAAGGAUACAAUGGCGGACUUAGUCAAUAUUUUGUAAUGGAAGUGUACAACAAGAACUUCCAAACACUAAGAGUGAACUUGACGGCACCAGAGCCAACAUUUGAAGCUGAUAAUCUUCCAGCAGGAACGAAUUUUCUUGUUGUGAUUUACGCUGUGAAUGCUAAAGGACGAAGCCAUCCUCUUGUCAUGCGAACAAGUACCUUACCAGGACCGCAAACUCAGUCCAGAAAAGGAACCUUCUGGCAAAAGAGUUUUAGUCCAAUCUUAGUCGUCCUUGCUACCAUAGUUGCGGGGCUUAUAGUGAUUGCCUGUAUCACAGUUAUCAUUUUGAAAACUAAAGCUCGCUACCACGAGCAUAAAGACGAGAUACUGACAGAGAUCACUACGUGUAAACGUGAAACUGUCAAAUGGACAAAUAACAAGAAACCUAACAGGGGUAAUGACAGUCAAAAAGGUUGGGAUGCUAUUGCUCGUAAUAAGAUAAACUCAUCAGUUCCACUUCUUCAUGACGAUAAGCCAAUCCCGUCAGAUUUAGUAAUGGAUGUUGUUCGAGAUUAUACGGACAAUAAACAGGAUAAAGAGAACGCGCAAAACGGACAUAAUGAAACGAAAACAUCUGAAAUGUGCCCUGGCUCUGGUAACUCGAAAAAAAUAAACGUGUGUAUUUAAUAUAGUCAGCUAAAGGGUACUUUUUUGUGCCUUGUGCUCGUACUGUGAUUGUAGUAAUUAUUGUUCUGAAGAUGGCAGCAUACUGAAAGACAGGGUCCAUGUUUGAACGGAUAUACUCACAUAUAGGAUAUUGAAGUGUGGGACUCAAGAAUAUUAUUUUAGUGUGCCACAGUAUUUUAAAAUCACAUUCUGCUGAACAAAUGUAACAGUUUAUUCAUUUUGGAAAAAGUCUUCAGCGUUAUUUGUUGCUGUGUCCAAUAUGUUACCUUUUUUAUUCCUCUGGUGUAUUUUAUGAUAAUGUCAUAACCAGAAGUACUUACAUAUUAUCCAAAGAAUACGGACAUGUUGAUUUGGUAUAACACUGUUUUUUUUCGUUAAAUUGAUAAGCAGAGUGGACUAAAACGGUGUUAUUGAACGAAACGGGGAAGAAAUGAAGCCUGAAACAGGAAUUAAUGUUCAGCUAAAAACAACUUAUCGCUGUACUGUUGAGACAACUAACGGAGAGAACCAAGCCAAACGUUCUGAAAUAUAGAUAAACAUCCAGUUUAACUCACAAUAAAAAUGUUGUUGAGAAAUUUAUCUUGGUUUGGUAUUGAAAUAUUUGUAUUCAUUCUUCCCUAAAAGUACAUGUGAUAAUUCGUAGGUAAGCCUCUGUUAUUAUUAGUAGUAGCAGUUGAAGGUACUGUUUUUCACAUAUUUAGAUACUUGUGCAUCAAAUAAUUAU